CAUGUCGCGGUGCGUUACGGGAAAGACGGACGCCAUCUUAUCUCCGUGUGUCUCUCCCACUGUGUUCUGUUUGUGUAUGUAAUGGCGGUUGGUUGUCUUGACGGGAGUUGAGCCUUAGACCGAGCUAGUCAAUCUGGGUCAUAUAAACAGGUCAUCGCAGGGAAGUUGUCCUUAAAAUCAAUUCCUUUUGAAGGAUGGGUUCUAAUAAGAGAGUAAGUAGAACUGAACGGAAUGGCAGGUAUGGAUCUGAUCAGAUCAAGGACCGAGUGGAAUUUCGAGAGCGGAGGGAUCGGAGCUCAAGAGGCACAGAUCGGGAUUAUGAUUACAGAAAUUCCAGUGACGAUCGCCGUAAUCGUCGACAUCAAGAUCAUCGAAACUCUGAGAGUGCUGAAGUUGGUAGAUAUCAAGAAAGAAGAAGCAGCGAUCGAUCAGAUGGUGGUUACCAUUCAGAUGGUGACUAUAGGGAUCCAGAUCGAAAUGACCUGAAUAACGAAAAAGAAAGCAAGACUAUUAUGCUCAGAGGACUGCCCUCAUCUACGACAGAGGAUGAUAUUCGAACAGUUUUAGAGCCUUAUGAUGGAGUUCAGCCGAGAGAUGUGCGACUAAUGAGGAGCAAAAUGUCAGGUCAAAGCCGUGGUUUCGCCUUCGUGGAGUUUAAUCACUUGCAGGACGCAACAAGAUGGAUGGAAGCCAAUCAGGUUGCUUCAUCACAAGUCUAGAUUUCUUGGAGACAAAAAAUAAAAAGGAUCAAAUUGUCUGUAUUGAAAACUGAUGUAAUGAGACACAGGGGCUUUUCUCCAAAACAAGAUAAUUUGUUUUUCUGUAUAAAUUGCGAGCCCCUUAGGACUGAUUGCAAGUACAGCCUUUUUAUAAAUAAGUAGAAAGCACAGCUAAAACAUUCACAUACAGGGCAGCAAAGUUAGUGCUGAACAUAGGAGAAUAGGCUGUAAAUUAAGUCUAAAUUUAUAGUUGGCUUUCUGUGGAUACAUACAAAGCUAUGUUGUUCACAUUGAACCAAAUGACCAAGUUCUUCAAUGUGACCUUAUUUUUGGAAUUACACUAACGUAAUGCCCAAAGUUGCAUUUAGUUAGACUUCCAUCAGCUGAGAAUAGGCCAGUUUUACCACAUGGUUAAAGUCAAAGCAAAAAUGUCAGAUGACAAAAUGCGUAGGUGAAUGAGUCAAAUAUGAAAAGGGUGGUGGGAUAUUUGUUGAGAGUAAUAGAAUUGUAUCGUGUUUUUAGCUUUCCAUGUUGUUUUCCGUUGAAGAGAUCAGGAAGUCGAGUGAGCUGAUUCUGGGCAUUUCGUUCUCUGGACUCAUUUGGUGAAAGGUUUGCUGCUACAGACCUGAUUGAUUCACCUUUCAACUUAGAGUUUGGAUUUCCCUGGUUAUAAGUUUGACUGGUGUAUGUACACUGAACAGUAAACACAAGCCUUCUAUCCUUAUAUGAGGUGUUAAUACACCAAUUGGCCACAAUACCUCACUCAAACAGUUUCUAUCACCUUCCUGGUGAAGGAUCAGUUGAAUUAAAACAAUUUUCCUUGAAAGCCACAUGUGCUAUUUUGAAUUUGGUCGCUUCUAAAUUACUUAGUGUGUUUUGUACUUUAUACAGAACAAUGACAGUAUCAAAGGCAUUUUUUAUUAAAAUACAAGUUAACUUUUAUCACACACUCAAGGUCAUGAGCAGCCUAAAAAUAUAUAAAUAUGAAGCAAGUUACUGCUGAGCAUCAGAAGAUCAGGAACAAGCUUUAGUUGUAAGUGAUGAAAAAUCAGUUGUUUCAGAGCCUACACCUAUUUCUGUUCUGCUCAAAAUGCCCAUGGUAACACUGUGUGUUGGAGACAGCUGAGGGAUCUGCUUCCAGGCCUCCCUCACCUGCUUUGAAAUCUACUGCUGUGGCUUGCAGGAGAUCAGUUUUUGAAGGACUUGAAAACUAUUCAGCUGCAAUGAAUAUUAUUUUAAGGAGUAU